AUGAGAGUCAGCGGUGCUGUUUCUUCGAAAGUUACGUCUAGUGGUCGUCGGAAAGCGAGGAAGAGGAUACGUAAAGAGAAGAAAGAAAGAUUGAAAGUUUUCUUCGAAACAAAGGCAAAAAAGGGCCGUAAAAGAAAAGGCCGCUUGCCGGCAGUUGCAUGUGACAGCGAACAUGGCUACCGGUUAUUUCAUGGCCAAGUUGUGACGAGGAACCUCGAUGAUGACAAAGACAGCAUGAGUCGGCAACGUCAGAGAAAUCUGAAACACAGCGUGGCUUUUGGAACAAAGGAAGAAGUGCAUGUCAGUUUGAAAGAUUCAGUUGAGUCCAGCUGUCGCAACUUUCGAUAUUCAAGGCAAACGGCAUUAAUAGCCAACAGCAAAGAGGAUAAAGAGAUCGGGAGGCUUGAGAAAAAAUUAGGAUUGAAAAAAGGAAAGAAGUUACCUUCGACUUUCAGUGAAGACGGUCUAGAUUUCUUACUGGAAGUAGCGGACGUUGAAAUUGCGGCAAAUGAAGUUGAGGAAGUAGCGGAAAAGAAAGCGAGUGACACUGAGACAGACAUAGAGUUAGAUGGUCGGUCCAAAAUGAAGAGACAUGUAGGGCACGGUGAACAAGUCAACUUGGAUAAUGAUAGUGAUAUCAUUGAUGCAGAACCAUCUGUAGCAGUGAAGUACCUUCCUCCUCAUCUUAGAAAAUCAGAGGCCAACAGAGAAUCUUUGACUUUACAAAGACUUCAGCGUGUGUUGCGUGGACUAGUCAAUAGGCUUAGCGAGCAUAAUGUCAAGUUGAUUGCAGGAGAAGUGGAAAGCCUGUUUCGUGAGAAUAGUCAUAAUGACAUGAGCAGUAGUUUGACUGAGUGCCUACUUGAUUCCUGCGUGAAAUUAUCUCAUGUAGGGGACCAGAUUCUAAUGGAAAGCAUACUGUUAUUAGGGCUUGUGUGUCAUAAUGAGGGUGUUGAAGUUGGCUAUUUUUUCUUGGAGUCAUUGGCCAAGAAACUAGAGCAUACUUAUGAAGAAGAUAAAAAGAAAGCAACCAAAGCAACUGCCAAUAUUGUGAUGCUGUUUGCCUUUCUCUACACACUCCAGAUGAUAGACUGUUGUCUGAUUUACGAUUUAGUUAGGAAGUUUGUGGCUUCGUUUCAUGAAUUGGAUAUUGAACUUCUUUUGAUGCUACUGAGUUUGAUAGGACCCCAACUUCGAAAAGAUGAUCCUCGAGCACUGAAAGACAUUGUUGUAGAGGUUGAGGCAAAAGCAUCUUCUAUACCUCACAACCAAGGAGAGAAAUCUCGUGUGAAGUUUAUGGUGAAUGCAAUUACAGCACUGAAAAACAAUAAUCUUAGAAAAUUGCGACAUGAUCCGGUAGCAAUAGAUUGCUAUAGACAACGUUAUCAGGAACUAACUAAAGGAAGAAAAUCAGCUGAGUUGCCAAUGAGGAUGACUCUAAAUGAUUUACUGAAUGCAGACACUCACGGGAGAUGGUGGAUUGUUGGAUCAAGUUGGAAAGGGGGUGAAGUAGGUAUAUUAACCAAACUAAAGGAACAUGAGAUGGCUGGUGUGUCUGAUUUACAUAUGCUUACAUUGGCACACCAGCAGAGAAUGACGAGUGACAUUAGAAGAACUAUAUUUUGUGUGCUCAUGUCUAGCGAUGACUAUCUUGAUGCAUUUGAAAAACUACUUAAACUAAAUUUGAAAGAGAAACAGUCACGGGAGAUUGUUUACGUACUUCUUGAUUGUUGCCUUCAGGAGCAACUAUUCAAUCCAUUCUAUGCAUAUUUGAGUGAGAGAUUAUGUCAAUGCAGUCGUAGUUAUCAAGUGACAUUACAGUACAGCAUUUGGGAUCGUCUGAAAGCAAUGGAAUCACUGACUGAAAGCAAUAGACACAAUUUGGCUAAGCUCCUUAUUCAUCUGUUUAUCACUAAGGCAAUGUCUCUUUCUGUAUUGAAGGUUAUUGAAUUCUCACAACUGGGAAAGUCAUCUGUUCAGUUUUACUCAUUUCUGUUACAAAGUCUUUUUGAUGAGUCUGAAAUGUUUCAGUCAGUAUUUGCUCAAAUUGCUGCUACACCAGAUUUGUAUCACUUGAGAGAAGGGUUGCAUGUGUUUAUGCAUCAUUACAUGCUCGAUAAGAUGUCGAACUCAGUAGAAAUGAAGGCGUUGAAAAGGAAGAUCCGAUUGGCUGAAAGGAGUAUGCAGAUUGGCAUGCUGAUUAGUAGACAUAGGUAGUAUGCAGUAGUUUGUUAUGCUGUCAUUUGUAUUAUAAUAACCUACAUACAGUACAAGUAACAAUAUAUCGACUAUGAAGUAUCUUUGACUUACAGUCA